UAAUACUUCCGCUGUAUUGCAGUUAGUGGAAAUUCAAGUGUUCUUCAGAAAUUUAUAAACCAUUCUGUGAGAGAUUAAACGAGGUACCGGAAACCUGGGCUUCAGGCUGAGACUGCACGGUCCGCUGUUUACAGGGAUCAAACAUGGAUAUCCCCACUCCCCCCGAAGAUCAAGAGCUGAGGAAUGUAAUCGACAAGUUGGCCCAGUUCGUAGCUCGAAAUGGGCCCGAGUUCGAAAAGAUGACAAUGGAGAAACAGAAGGACAACCCUAAGUUUUCUUUCCUUUUCGGAGGAGACUACUUCAGCUACUACAAGUGCAAGCUUGCAAUGGAACAACAACAGCAUCCCUCUACCCACGAUGGGGAGGAAUUUAAAUCUGAAGAUAUGUACAACCCCGGUGCCAAAGACAUGGUCGAUAUCCCUCCUCCGCCACUGGGGAUGAUUGCCCCACCUUCCAUUCCUCCGCCCGCUGCUCCUUCUAUCGACGAGGUGAUACAGCAGAGCCAGUGGAAUCUGCAGCAGCAGGAGCAGCAUCUGCACACGCUCAGACAGGAACAGGUCACUGCAGCCAUAGCUUUGGCAAUGGAACAGCAGACUCAAAAACUUUUGCUGGAAACUCAGUUGGACAUCACAGAGUUCGACAACCUGCUGCAGCCCAUCAUAGACACCUGCACCAAAGACGCCAUCUCUGCCGGUAAGAACUGGAUGUUCAACAACGCUAAGUCUCCACAACACUGUGAACUCAUGACGUCGCAUCUACGCAACUGCAUCACUGCUGAUGGGGCUCAUUUUGAACUCCGCCUACACCUCAUCUAUUUAACCAAUGACGUUCUCCAUCACUGUCAGCGGAAGCAGCAGAAGGAUUUGUUGGCAGCGCUGCAAAAAGUUGUUGUUCCCAUCUACUGCACAAGCUUUCUGGCUGUAGAGGAGGAGAAGCAGCAGAAGAUCACAAGGCUGUUGCAGCUUUGGGAGAAAAAUGGUUACUUUGAUGAGGAGACCAUUCAGCAGCUCCAGAAUCCUGCCUUAGGACUUGGCCAGUACCAGGCAUCCCUGAUAACAGAGUAUGCUGCAGUGGUGCAGCCCAUCCAGUUGGCCUUCCAGCAGCAGAUCCAAGCUUUGAAGACCCAGCACGAAGAGUUUGUUGUCAGUCUGAAGCAGCAGCCGCAGCAACAGGCGCCUUUAGGACAACUAUCGACCCCCGCUGAACCCGAGAAGGCUCCCCCCAUGACUACACAAGGAGGAGAAGUGAAGCCUCCUAUGUCAGGUCCACCUCCAGGGGAGUUUGAUGGCACUUCAUCCAGACCACAAGACUCCAACAACCCCAGCGGACCCUCAGAUAUCCCCUCCAACAAGCCUGGUUGGUUUGACCCCCAGCACAUGGGCCCCUGGAACCCCAGCCAGCCGCCUCCCUUUGACCCAAACCAGCCUCCUCCCCCGUGCCCCCCUUGGAACAGCCACGAGGGAAUGUGGAACGAGCAGAGGGACCCAGGGAACUGGACUGGGGCUCCUCCUAGAGAAACAGGCCCCUGGAGUGGCCCGGGUGGGUCUGACCCCGGCCCUCCAGCGUGGAACACGUACGACCAGCAGCCACCGUGGGGGAAUCAGCCCGACCAGCCUCCCUGGGGUCAGAGGGAGCCUCCAUUCCCUCCACGCAUGCAGAGACCUCCCCAUUUCAGAGGGCCCUUCCCACCCCACCAGCAGCCUCCUCCUUUCAACCAGCCCCCACCACCACCACACAAUUUCGGACGCUUCCCUCCACGUUUCAUGCAGGAAGACUUUCCUCCCAGGCACCACUAUGACAGACCACCAUACACGCCACAUCGCUUUGACUACGCUCAGGGAGAAUUUCCUGGAGAAAUGCCAGGUCCUCCUCCUCACCACCAUCCCAACCAGAGGCUCCCUCCACCGGGCAUGGGAGCGGAGCAUCCUCCCUGGGGUCAAGGCCAGCACCCGGACUUUGGUCCACCUCCACACGGCUUCAAUGGCCAUUCGCCUCACAUGCGUCACCGGCAGCAUCCAGUUCAAGACGACCCCAGUCUGGUGCCAAACGUGCCCUACUUUGACCUGCCAGCUGGUCUCAUGGCUCCACUGGUCAAGCUUGAAGACUACGAUUACAAACCACUGGACCCUAAAGACAUCCGGCUGCCCCCUCCCAUGCCACCCAGCGAUCGGCUGCUAGCCGCGGUCGAAGCUUUCUACAGCCCUCCGUCCCACGAUCGACCAAGGAACAGUGAGGGUUGGGAGCAGAACGGCCUGUAUGAGUUCUUCAGGGCCAAGAUGAGAGCCAGGAGGAAAAAGGGACAGGAGAAACGCAGCAGCGCCCGUGCAGGCAGUCGCUCCAGGAGUACCUCUCGCAGCAGAGGAAGGUCUUCAUCUCACUCCAGCUCCCGCUCAUCGAAGUCCUCGAGGUCACGAUCCCACUCGUCUCAUUCCCACUCCCGCAGCCGCUCCCGCUCCUAUUCUCGAUCCCGGUCCAGGAGUCGAUCCAGGUCGUCCAGGAGUCGCUCUGGCUCCAGAUCCAGAUCCCGCUCACAUUCACCCACCAAGCGACGCCGUGGCCCCAAAUCUCGGAGCACCUCCCCUCCCUCCACAGCAGGGUUUGGUACGUCUUCGUCCAAACUGCCCACGGACACGAGGUUAGGGGAAGAGAACAAAGGCCAUCAGCUGCUGAUGAAGAUGGGUUGGAGCGGUUCUGGGGGUCUGGGUGCCAAAGAACAGGGGAUCCAGGACCCCAUCAAAGGAGGAGACAUCAGGGAUAAAUGGGACCAGUACAAAGGCGUGGGGGUCUCACUGGACGACCCUUAUGAGAACUAUCGCAGGAACAAGAGCUACAACUUUGUCGCCCGCAUGAAGGCGCGAGAGGAAGUCAAUCGGGAACCCCAGGAGGCCCCUCCAACUGAAUAAUGUCAUCAGAUGAACAAACUCCCUUUUCUCUGUCACCACUUCUUCCAGAAAUGUCGCUUUCACUGUUUUCCAUCCCAGGUUCUUCUCAGCAGUCACAAAGAUCACCUCUUUUCUCCGGAGAUGGAACAGCCACCAUUAACACCUCGAAAACCAAUCAAUGUUUUUGUAGGGACACUACAACUGCCUUCAAAUUACAGAGAUGAAUCAUGGCCCUCGACUCAUACUUCACUAAUCUCUAAAACGAGCGUCAGGCCUUCUUUAUUGCGCCGGCUUGGUUGGAAGACAGAGUCGGGCUGUAUCAUCGUUCAUGAUAGCCAGAGGUGAAAAAAAAAUGAAUGAAUGAAUUAUUUAAGAAUUAAAGAAAGCGAGUGGAGCGUCUUUAAUUCAUGAAUACGUGUCAAUAAUUAAUUCAGACAGUAUGUUAAAAUAUCUUAAUUUUGGUUUUAUGCUGUUAUUUGUCACUGUCAACUGGUCAAAGGUCUGAUUUGCCCAAAUAAGAAUAAAAUAGACAUAUUGGCUCCUAAUGGUAACUAAAAAAAGCUUUAUUUGCAGAGCAUUUUUGAAGCUAUUUCUGUUAUGAAAACCCAAUAUAUCAUCAACAUUUUAAUGAAAACUUCUCAACUUCUCAACAUGUACAUAUGGCUGGAUGUCGCGAGGGGUAGGAGAAAACUCUUUUGGGUCAAAGUACAACAAAAAGACACGGUAGCUCAUUCUUCUUUGAAUCUUGUUGGUUUUUUACUGAUUGUAAUUGUGAUAGUUUUUUCAAGUAAUCCCUUCUCUUGGAUAUAUCAGUGUGUCUCUUAGUUUUAGAAUGAAAAUCCACUAAACUGAAGUUACAAAUAGGGCAUCCGUUGUAUUUUUCUUCACAAGCACACUGUAGAGACGUAACAUUACAGAAAUAAACAGAACUCUGACUCAAA